AUUGGCGGGCAGAACAGUGGCGGGGGCGCGAUUGAAUUGCGAUGCGGGAGGGCGCAGACAGAGCCGCCUGCAUGUCCGCUCAGCCAGCGGUUCCUCGGGCUGUGGCUGCCGCCGCAGCCACCGCAGGAGCCAAGCUCACCCACCCGGGCAAGGCGAUCCUGGCCGGUGGCAUUGCUGGAGGUAUUGAAGUCUGUAUCACCUUUCCCACAGAAUAUGUAAAAACACAGUUACAAUUGGAUGAAAGAGCAAAUCCCCCUCGGUAUAGAAGCAUUGGUCACUGUGUGAGGCUAACCAUUCAGGAGCAUGGUGUCAAGGGUCUGUACAGGGGCCUCAGUUCUUUGUUGUAUGGCUCUAUUCCAAAAUCUGCCGUCAGGUUCGGAAUGUUUGAGUUCCUCAGCAAUAUUGCAAAGGAUUCAAAUGGGAAAUUAGACAACAAAAGGAGUUUACUUUGUGGCCUUGGAGCUGGUGUUGCAGAAGCUGUCCUAGUCGUCUGUCCAAUGGAAACUAUAAAGGUGAAGUUCAUUCAUGAUCAGUCCUCUUUAAAUCCAAAGUAUAGAGGGUUUUUCCAAGGUGUCCGGGAGAUUGUUCGGGAACAAGGCUUACGUGGCACAUAUCAGGGGCUGACAGCAACUGUCCUCAAACAAGGUUCAAACCAGGCUAUCCGUUUCUUUGUGAUGACUUCCCUUCGCAAUUGGUAUCUAGGUGAUAAUCCCCACAGAAAGGUGAAUCCAUUUAUUACAGCUGCAUUUGGUGCUACUGCAGGAGCAGCCAGUGUCUUUGGCAAUACUCCAUUAGAUGUCAUCAAAACCAGGAUGCAGGGCCUGGAAGCCCAUAAAUAUAAAAAUACACUAGAUUGUGCCUAUCAGAUCCUCAAAAAGGAGGGCUCAUUAGCAUUUUACAAAGGAACAGUUCCCCGUCUUGGUCGAGUCUGUUUGGAUGUAGCAAUUGUGUUUGUUAUUUAUGAAGAAGUGGUCAAUGUUCUCAACAAGGUCUGGAAAACUGCCUGAUGCUGCUUGUAUAAGUCUAACGAGGACAGUUUGGAUAGCUGGCUAGCCAAGGCCAAUGAGUGCAGAUCUAAAUUGAACUUAUUGCCUAUGGUUUAUUAUCAAAGGUGUUUGAAAUGCAAAAACUAUCACUCCGUCCUCAUUCUUUAAAGUGACAAAACUGUAAUCCAAACAUUACACUACUUCAAAGUUUAUAAGUUGUAUGCUGUAGAGAAAAGGUUAGUAGGGCAGCAUUACUAACUGCAUACAUACUGGCUCCUAACACAGCUGAAAUUAAUGAUCUUGGUAGGCAGAAAACCAAUUAAAGUAAAAACACUUGGCUGGAUUCUGCUGUUUACAUGAGUGUAUCUCUGGAUUAAUUUUAUUGACCAUUAAACUCCAAAGAGGCCCCAUCGAAACACAAAGCUGUGUCAAACAACUAAAAGUUUUUUGUUUGGUUUUAAAUGGAUUUUAGUUACUGUUAACUCGUGUAUGGACACUCAUUUAAUUUAAACCUGGCUUGCAUAGAUUUUACCCUGACGCAUAAACUAGUUUUAAAAGUGCACUGGUUCCAAAACAGAUUUAGGUAAUCUGAUUUUUAAACAUGUGCAACUUGUGUGUGUAGACAAGGCUUGAGUGCCUUCAAUAGAGUUACUGUUUACUUACACUGGUAUAAAUGAGAGCAGAGUCUGCCACACUGUUCUUGAAAGAUCACAUAUGCUGAAAAAUUGGAGAAGGGAGCAAACUUUCCAUGCUGGCUGACAGCAUCUGUCAGGCUGAAUAGCAAGUGUGUAAAUAGGGGUUUUGUUUUUUUUGUUUGGGUUUUGUUUUUACUUUUGAGUUUGAUUUCUGGGCCAGGAGGAAGCUGCCUUUUGGGCUUCUGCUGUGGAGAGAAUGCUGGACUAGCUUUCUGAUCUGAGGCAUUAGAAGCGGCAAGGAAUGCUUGGGACCAGAUCACUGGCCUAUAAUAGGGAUGUAAAUAUCAGUUUAAAAAGUUAACCGGUUAAAUGAUUAAAAUAAUAUUGUUUAAUUGGUUAACCGAGGUCACUCCGGGGCAGGGGGCCCACUGGCCGGGGCUGGGGUUGUGCUGGGGUUAACGGUUAAGGUCCAGUUAACGGUCAGCAUAAUGCUUACCAGCUAACUGUUUAACCUUUUACAUCCCUACUAUAUAAGGGCCCAGUCCUGCUAUAUUUACUUAAGUAAAGCUCAUGUUGAGUUCAGUGAGUCUUACUUGAGUAAGGACUGUAGGUCUAGCACUAUUCUAAAAUUGCAGAAUAAAGUUUCCAAACCUUCUGCAGUGUUUUAUGCUCUGUCUGUAUUACUUGGCCAUUGCAGUCUUACUGGAGAUCUGGCCCCAGAUUUCACUAACCCCUGCUUCCAGCUUCUUGAGGGACAUCACUGAACGUUGCUCUGAUGUUCUGUCUGGUAUAGGAACUCAGGGAGCUGCAUCUUCAAGGGUUAGAUAAUGCCCUAAAACAUAUUUUGUAGUCUUGUAUUUAUGAACAGAUAAAUACGUUGGUUCUUAAUAUAUGCUUUAGUAAUCAGCCUGCCAAACUGGAACACUGAGCAUGGCAAAUGGGUUUUUUUUCCCUGAAAGAGAGAAUAAACUUAAGACAUUAUAACACUUGUUCUUCAAAAAUUA